AUGGCGCGGAACCCGCACGCCUGGCACCCCUUUGGCCAGCUCGGCGGGCCGCCUUCCCUGCUGCUCUGCUACUCCCGGACUGCCUGGGGCCAGAUGGUCGAGGCCACCACGGAACCGCCCAAAAAGAAGCCGGACCCCGUCACGUCGGAGACUGUGGUCAUCUGGGGUUUGCGUCUCUGGCAGGUGGUCGGGAUCUUUGCCAUUUUCGUCCUGAGCAUUAUCAUCACCUUGUGCUGCAUCUUCAAGUGCCGCAUCCCCAGGACCAAGAAGGAGAUCGAGGCCCGCUACGCCAAGCGCCAGGCCGCCAAGACGUACGCGGACAAGCUGGACACGGUGCCCCCGCUCAACGAGCUGACGGAGAUCCCAGGAGCUCAAGCCCCAGAAGAGAAGAAGGAAGAGGUGCCCACAGUGUCCAAGAAGGUGGAUGCCCAGAAGAAGAAAGAGGGCCCCAAGGACUCCAAGAAGAAGAAGGAGGGGGGGAAACCAGGCAAGGAGGGCUCCCAGAAGGAAGGCAAGGAGGGCAACAAGAAGAAGCAAAGCGAGACCACGAAAGGGGCUGAGACGCAGCCCGAAGGGAAGAAAAAGGGGCCAGAGGGAAGUGGCGGCAAGGAGAAGCCCAAGGGCAGCCCCACGGCGGGCGGGAAAGGCGGUGGGAACCCCAAGCCUCCCGCCAAGAAGCCCCCGCAGAAGAAGUGA